AAAAAAAGAAGGCCAGUCACCGUCAAUGGCAAAAAAAAAAAAAAAUCAACGCAGGAUUGCUUGGCUAGUUCGCAGCAGCCGACCAACCCCAGCAGCACCCCACUAGUACAUAGCCGUCGCCAAGCACACGCACACGCACACGCACAUAGAGCGGGCAGGACAGAGCUCUGGCUUACUGUGGACUGCGAGGCCGCAACGAUGGAGCAGAGGCAGAGCACCGCGAAGCCAAUCAGAUGCAGAGCUGCGGUGAGCAAGGCGCCGGGGCAGCCGCUGGAGAUGGAGGAGGUGGAGGUGGCGCCGCCGCGGGCGCACGAGGUCCGCGUCAAGAUCAUCUGCACCUCGCUCUGCCACACGGACAUCACCUUCUGGCGCAUGAAGGAUUUUCCGGCCAUGUAUCCAUCCAUCCUGGGGCAUGAAGCAGUCGGCGUGGUGGAGAGCGUGGGGGAGCAUGUGGAGGAGGUGGCCGUGGGCGACACGGUGGUGCCGGUGUUCCUGCCGCAGUGCGGCGAGUGCGCCGACUGCCUCUCCGCCCGCAGCAACAUCUGCUCCGCGCUGACCUACCGCCCCGGCCUCAUGCCGCGCGACGGCACCACGCGCUUCUCGCUCGCCGCCACCGGCGAGCCCGUCCACAGCUUCCUGUCCGUCUCCAGCUUCGCCGAGUACACCGUCGUCGACGUCGCCAACGUCGUCAAGCUCGGCGCCGCCCUCCCGCCGGAGAUGGCCUGCCUGCUCAGCUGCGGCGUCUCCACCGGGGUUGGUGCGGCUUGGAAGGUGGCGGCGGUGGAGCCCGGCUCGACCGUGGCUGUCUUUGGAUUAGGCACCGUGGGGCUAGCGGUAGCGCAAGGGUCCAAGAUGCAUGGCGCCACGAGGAUCAUCGGGGUCGACUUGAAUCCGGACAAGUUCGAGAUCGGCCAGAGGCUGGGGGUCACCGACUUCGUCAACCCAAACGACACCGGGGAGAAGACUGUCAGCGAGGUGAUCAAGGAGAUGACCGGCGGGGGCGCCGACCACUGCUUCGAGUGCAUCGGCAUCCCUUCAGUCAUGGCGGAAGCAUUCCAAAGCUCUCGGACGGGGUGGGGGAAGACGAUCAUCCUGGGCUCCGACGCCGCGGCGGCGCCCGUCAGCAUAUCGUCGUCGGGCAUCAAGCGGGGGAGGUCGGUCACCGGCGCGCUCCUCGGCGGGAUCAAGCCCAAGGACGACAUCCCCGUGCUGGCACAAAAGUACAUGGACAAGGAGCUGGAGCUGGAUGAGUUCGUGACGCACCGGAUGGGGUUCGACGACAUCAACAUCGCGUUCGACCUGCUCGCGCGGGGGAAAUGCCUCCGCUGCAUCAUCUGGAUGGACGGCGCCAACAAGACCACCGCUUGAUGCCGCCGUCGCGCUCGCGCACGGAUGGAUCGCAUGACGCACUCUAAAUCGAACGUGUCGUGGGGUGGGAAAGGUUCAAAGAAAAUAAGCUAUUCUUCCACUUUCUCUCUGCUGCCUAUCGGAUUAAUUGUCACCUGUUGAUGGUAGGUUUGAUCUAGAGGCAGAUGAGGCAUUACUUUGGCCAGGUAGAGGCGAUUACCUUAUUUAUCACAACCCGUUGCUUGUUUGGAAGAAUCAGCAAAUGAAUAUAUGCUUUAUUUCCU